AUGGGUAGGGUAUGUGCACCCCUACUUUUAACAAGGUAUAGUGCAACAACAAUACUAGCUCUACUUAAGGAAGUUGCUCAGUAUCCAGAUCUCAAAAUUGAUUGGAAUGCACUGAUCAAGAAGACGAACACCGGUAUUACUAAUGCCGCGGAAUAUCAGAAGCUAUGGAGGCAUUUGGCCUAUUGCGCUAGACUUCCAGAAACAGUAGAAGAAAAACCUGAGGCGCCAUUGCAAGAUGACGAUAGUGACUUGGAGUAUGAGUUGGAAGCUUUUCCUCCUGUUAAUGAUGAAGCAUCAUUAGAAGCAGCAGCUUGUGUCAAGGUGCUGCUUGCUUCUGGUUUGUCAGAUUACGCAGGACGGCAGGAGGAGAAGUGCAGCUUAAAAGGAAUGGAUAUUACUGUUCCAGUUUCGGUACAAAAACAAUCUCCGCCUGGGGUGACAACAACAGCUAAAGGAUUGUAUGGAACUGUGGUGACAGAAGCUAAAGAAUUGGAUGGAAAUGCGGCGAAUCCUGUUUGCAGCCAGCCUGCAAAAAGAAAAAGGAAACCCUGGACGACAGAGGAGGAUAAUGAACUCAUUUCUGCUGUGAAGAAAUUAGGUGAAAGGAAUUGGGCUAACAUUCUUAAGGCAGAUAUUUUCAAGGGUGAUAGGACUGCUUCACAAUUAUCUCAGAGAUGGGGAAUCAUAAGGAAGAGAAUAAAUGUUAAAUCGUUGCCAGGUGGAGGAGCGUCUGGCAUACAAUAUGAACUCACUGAGCAACAGCUUGCUUCUAACCGAGCAGUUUCACAUGCUCUUAAUAUGUCUGUAAAUAAUAGCUUAUGGGAAGCAUAUGGAAUCGAUCUUACAGAAGGUACUACAGUUAGCGGUCAGCAAAUCCGUCUCCAGACACCGAAAGGAACAUCAAGUGUCACGGAAAAACCUCUAGUAAUUACUAAAAAAGCAGAUUCCAUAGUCCCGAAUUCAAUAAUACAAGCUGCUGCUGGAGCACGUAUUGCCACUCCUUCGACUGCCAAAUCGCUGAUCAAAGCUGCACAAUCCAAAACUGGUGUGCAUAUAAGUACUAUUGGGGAAUCAUCAAUGCCAGUGCCAAGUGUCUCACCACCACCACCUGCAAUGGAACGCAAGAUUUCAUCAGUCAGUAGUGGUACUCUCUCCUGUGCAUCUACUUCAUGUGGAACUAUUGCUGCAGGCAAGAGGACAUUUGGAGUUAGGAGUGUCGAAGUCGGGAACACGUUGAAGGAAGAAAAGGUUCAGGGCUCACCUAAGGAAGAUGAGGUUAAGAACUCACCUAGGGAACUAGUUAAUAUAGCCGAAGAUGGCAAACAAGAUCAUCAAACAGUUUUGCCAGAUUCAGUUAAUGUUAUUGAAGAUCAAACGACGCAGAAUCUUAGCAAGUUACUAAAUGUAGAAGAUGCCGCCAGUGACCCAAUGCGUUUAGACAAUCAUCAUAUGGUGAACGAAAAAGAAAGUGCGAAGAAUUCGCCCGGAACGGCCAUAUCUGUUGAUGCUGUUUCUGGACCUUCUUCUUCCCAGUAA